GCCUGCACGCCUCAGUCCCUUCCGCUUUCCAACUCGCGACAGACCAACUGUCAACCUAACAACUUCUCUCGUUAAAACUACAAUGUACAUAAAAAUAACCUACAGAAACUUACAAAAAAUCCAGUGAGAAAAAAACGAUGAAUAAUAAAAACCAAAUAUUGUUGUGAGAGUUUUUUGUUAAUUUGGUAAUAAUGGCUGAUAAAUUGAAUGAGUAUCAAGGAGUUACUGGGAGGUUGCAUACUACUAGAGAUAAGUGCAAGGAGCGAUGGUCGCAGUGGAAGGAAGAGCAUCCUCACGGGGUGAAAGAGGCUGUGAGAGAGGCUCUGUUCGCUAUACCUACGUCCGAUGAGCCUCCUGAUCGUGUGAUUCAUGAGGGUGAAUACAGUGAUCUGUACCGGAGAAAAAGUAGACUCGAACUAAUGCGAAUAUCAGCGGCAGUUAUGGGAAUAGAAUUUUCAUAUGCUGGCGAGACGGCGUUUGUUUCACCAACCCUGCUGCAAAUCGGGGUUCCUCAUCAACAAAUGACCCUGGUAUGGGCACUAUCGCCCCUCAUAGGGUUCUUUAUGACCCCAUUGCUGGGGUCUAUAAGUGAUCGCUGCCAAUCCAAAUAUGGGAGACGACGACCGUUUAUUGUUCUUAUGUCUAUUGGAGUAUUUUUGGGUUUAAUAUUAGUUCCCAAUGGCGAAGACAUAGGUUACGCUCUGGGUGAUGAAGGGCCUGUGAAUAGAACGGUGGUCCCAUCAGCGUUAGGCCCUCGUAGUUCCGCUUUGGAAGUUCAGAGCAACAACCACCAUCCUUGGGGAGUGUUGUUUACAAUACUCGGGACAGUUCUGUUGGAUUUCGAUGCAGACGCCUGCCAAAGUCCAGCUAGAGCUUAUUUGCUGGAUGUGACAGUUCCAGAGGACCAUGCUAAAGGUCUGAGCACGUUUACCGUGAUGGCUGGUCUGGGAGGAUUUAUGGGUUAUUCACUUGGAGGUAUAAACUGGGAUGAAACUUCGUUAGGUGCGUUAUUCGGUGGUCACGUAAGGGCAGUAUUUUUUCUUAUCACCAUCAUUUUUAUUAUAUGCGUCUCAGCAACUAUCACGAGUUUUAAAGAGAUUCCACUGAAUGAGGUCAAGGACAGUGAUGAUUACAACAAAUUGAAUGAUAAGGAUCAAUUCGAAGAUAACUUCAACCAGGAAGAGAACAUAGAGAAGAAUGGACUGAAGAAAGACAAUAUAUCAUAUGGUUCAUUGAAUCAACCGGAGAUAACAGUUGAGAGUGAUAUCAAUGGAACCAAUACAAUAACACUGAAGGUGCCAGAAGGUCACGGGGAGCCCCUAUCCCUCAACCAUUACCUCAAGUCCAUCGUGAUGAUGCCGAAGUCCCUGCGUGUCGUCUGCCUCACCAACCUCUUCUGCUGGAUGGCACACGUCUGCUACUCAUUAUACUUCACCGAUUUUGUUGGUGAAUCAGUUUUUGAAGGCAAUCCUGCUGCGCCGGUGGGAAGUGAAAGUCGUAUAAAUUAUGAAGCCGGAGUCCGUUUCGGAUGCUGGGGGAUGGCGAUGUACUCGCUAUCUUGUGCUUGCUACUCUACUGUUAUUGAAAAACUUAUCAAAAAACUUGGAGCAAAGCGAGUAUACGUGGGCGGCCUGUGCACGUAUAGCUGCGGCAUGAUGAUGCUGUGUCUCCUGCGGGCGCGCGCUGCCGUCAUCCUCUUCAGCUGGACAGCUGGAGUGAUGUACUCCACGCUCUUCACCAUGCCGUAUCUGCUGGUCGCGCACUACCACGCUACUGGGAUGGUACGAUCUUCAAUCUUUAGGCAUAUGAUGCUGUGUCUCCUGCGGGCGCGCGCUGCCGUCAUCCUCUUCAGCUGGACAGCUGGAGUGAUGUACUCCACGCUCUUCACCAUGCCGUAUCUGCUGGUCGCGCACUACCACGCUACUGGGAUGGUACGAUCUUCAAUCUUUAGGCAUAUGAUGCUGUGUCUCCUGCGGGCGCGCGCUGCCGUCAUCCUCUUCAGCUGGACAGCUGGAGUGAUGUACUCCACGCUCUUCACCAUGCCGUAUCUGCUGGUCGCGCACUACCACGCUACUGGGAUGGUACGAUCUUCAAUCAUUAGGCAUAUGAUGCUGUGUCUCCUGCGGGCGCGCGCUGCCGUCAUCCUCUUCAGCUGGACAGCUGGAGUGAUGUACUCCACGCUCUUCACCAUGCCGUAUCUGCUGGUCGCGCACUACCACGCUACUGGGAUGUGGGACAGCGAAGGAGGCGGCAGUGAGCACGAACGCGGGAUAGGCACCGACGUGGCAGUGGUCAGCAGCUGUGUGUUCGUGGCGCAACUCCUCAUCUCGGUGAUCAUGGGCUUCGCGGUGAAGAUCACCGGCUCCACCGCAGCGGUAGUGGCUGUCGCCGCCACGCUGGCAGGCGCCGCUGCCUUCACCGCCACCAAGAUUACUUACCUCGAUCUGUAAAUAGCACUAAAGAGGCUAUUUAUCUAAAGAACUAUCAUAAUUAUCAGCAUAAUAAAGGGACAGUGGCGCUAACAUAUCACAUUUUUUUUUCGUGUUGAGUAAGUGCCAAUGGCUCCAUGUGGGACCAAUACGGCGACACCGAGGGGUUUUUUGUGAGCGCAGAAGCAUCGCCUGAUGAGACCCGAAGGCUGAAAGAAGAACAGAGGACGGAACGACUCUCUAAGCGUCUCAUGUGAGACUCGCACCUCGGCUUAGAGGGCCAUUUGGGAGCGAACAUACCACAUACGAGAUAAUCUCGUUAAGAGAAAUAAACAAAAUGCAACAAAUGGUGGUGCAACCGGAAAUAACGCUGUUUAAUUGUGUUGGUUGAAAAGAGAUAGAACUGGGACAGCUCCGCCGGCAUUGUAAAAAUAUUGUAAGCCACUUCACAUAAUUGGCCAUUGUAGUGCUAAAAUUGCUAUAUACCUGCAGUGGUUUACAAUAUUUUUACUACGGCCACGCAUACAACCAUUAAUUUUUUUAUUUAUAAUAUAUUUACCUAGAGCAAGUAAUUAAAUCUAAAAUCUUUAACUGUAUAAAUAUUAAUUAAUCUUUGUGUACAUUAAUAGAUUUUAAUUAAAUUAAUUUUCUUAAAGUAGUGUGGUAAGCACAAGUUGAUAACAUAAAAUAUGCUAACGUGUAAAAUAAACUGUUUUUAAAUAUAAAUGGAUAGCUACAUUAUUAGCGAGUGACAAAGACCUCACGUAUUCCCACUUGUAUGGUUACGUGUUUGUAAAAA